UACUUUCAUGAGCUGAGGACACUCCAUAAAUUCACUAAUGUUGAAUAUUAAUCUUAUUAUCUACGGUGAAUAUUAAUUUUAUUAUUCAUUAUGUAAUCCAUUAUGGAGCCCAUUUUAAUUUUCAAUUCAUAGUUUCUUAAAAUAUUUAUUAUUUGUUUCCCUUCCUAUACUGUCUCUAAAUGGAAUAGGAGUCUAUGGUCUCCUUUUUUUAUGAUUUUGGCAAAUAUAUAUUGAAACGUACUGCUACGGAGAAAAAGCAAGGUUUGUCUAAACUAUGGUAACAUAAAGAGGAAAAGUGUGAAGAGUGGAGAAAUCAUGUAAGCAUGAGAAACUUUUCAUACUGACAAAGAGUAAGAUAUGGGUGUGCUUGUUUCAUGAAAAUGCAUGUUUUACAUGUAGAAAUGCAUGUCUUUGAAAACAGAUAAGAUACACAAAAACAGCUUGUUCGAAUAUUGAGUGUACCAGUGUGUUUUUGGCUGUCAUGGAAACCUGGAAAUUCAUUGAAUCACUGCCGAAUGAACAAUGGCGCCCUAUUUACGACUUGAGCAAUGAAAAUGAUGUGGCAUUGCAUGUUUUAAUACCUUUGAUCAUCAUGCUGAUUACUUACUGGUCAACAAGUUUAUUCUUCUCAUUUGUUGACAUGAAAGGAAAACCGAAUUUCAUUACAAAAUUCAAAAUACCUGAUAAAAAUGGAACAAACUACCCGAGGACGUCUCCGCAACGCUUACGGCACGUCGCGUUUCAAGUUUUAUUCAACCAAACAGUCAUUGCUGUUCCUGUAAUAUAUUUCUGUUAUAUGCUCAAAAGCAUCACUGGCUGCAACAAAGGAUAUGUUUUCCCUAAACUACAUCGUUUCGUUUUCGAUUUCAUCCUACAAAUAUUGACAGAAGAAGUCUUUUUCUAUUACUCACACAGAAUCUUGCACCACCCACUUUUAUACAAGCGUUUUCAUAAAAGGCAUCAUGAGUGGGUUUCCCCGAUAGGAGUAAGCGCCAUCUAUUGCACACCAGUGGAACAUGUUCUUUCCAAUCUUCUGCCAACUUUUUUGGGCUCUGUAAUUUUUAAAUUGCACGUGACUUCCAUGUGGUCUUGGUUAGUUUUUGCGACAUCAUAUGGAGUAAUAGUCCAUUCAGGAUAUCAUCUCCCUUUCACGCCGACUCCCGAAUUCCAUCACUAUCAUCAUCAUAAGUUUACCGAAAAUUUUGGAGUUGCUGGAAUGCUUGAUUGGCUGCAUGGAACAGAUAAAGAAUUUAGAAAAUCAAAAGCUUUUGAGAGAAACGUUGUUCUUUUAUCAUUAUCACCAAUCAGCUGAUCAAUAGACGAAAUUAGAGUGACUUAGGUUUUUCCGCGAAGAAAAAACUACAUUAAGAUUAUUCCUUGCGUCCAAGAGUGUUCCUUGUAUCAAAGAAUGCUGCUUCUGUCAAAGAAUAUUCCAAAUAUCAUAGAAUGACCUGAUUACCAAAAAAUGCUCCUUUGUAUUAAAGAUUGCCUCCUAUAAUCAAAGAAUUCUCUUUGUAUCAAAGAGUACUCUUUGUAACAAAGAGUGAUCCUUUUACAUUGUGGAUCGUACAUUUUUGUACGAUGGAAACUACCAGAAUAAGGUAAAAUUUACCGGUUCUAUGGAAACACCAAAAAGCUAGGUAAUUUUUACCGAAGCGCUUUGGAAACAAUUUUGGUAAAAUUAACAAUAAAAUAUGGUUUUAUAAUAUGUGUCAAAUUUGGUAAAUGUGGUAAAAUUUGAUAAUUUUAUCGUGAUAUCUUAAAACGAAGUAUAUACAUUAGGUGACCGACCCCCCCCCCCCAAAUAUGGGUAUGCGGGAAAAAUUUUCAUCUUGUCUCCGUGACAGUUUCCCGCACAGCCGGAGGUGGACAAAGAGUAUCUGCCACACGCACUGGCCGAGAGGCCCGGCGAAUCUCCUCCGUGGCAUUUAUUUAAAAACAGGAAAAAAACAUAGUACUAUUUUGGAGUACUAAUGCCCGGAGGUUAUCGGGCAAAAAUACAAAAGUAACAAUUUCCCCUCUAGAAUUAAACGUUUUAUAUGUAUAGUUGUGAUUAUUCCGACUAUUAACUAUGAGGUGAAAUUAAACAUCUAAAGAUUGAUGUUUAACAAUAAAAUAUAUGAAAAAAUCAAGAAAAAAAAAUUUUCUUUUUUAAGUUAAAGUUUAAAAUUUGUCCAACGGACCCUUAUAAAAAUUUGAAAUCCAAUAAAUUUAACGAUAUCAACCAAAACGAGGUAUAAAAACUAAUCAUUCGGUUAAAUUUAAUUUCUAGUUUUGUAUUUUUUACUUAAUGUGCUGUUACUGGAACUAUAACUUUGAUAGUCAGAAUUUCUGGUAAACCGUUACGAGAUAUGAAUCGAAAAAUUUUCAAAUAAAUGGCUUAAUACCGUA